AUGCCCAAUGCUGAGCACAGGCAUUGUGUGAGGCACUUGCACAAUAAUUUCAAGCUUGCAGGCCAUACUGGUGCAGCUUUCAAGCAGAGGUUGUGGGCAGCAUCUAGGGCAACAACAAUACCUGUAUUUGAAGCUGAAAUGGAGCAGAUGUUGGGUCAAUCUCAGGCAGCUUAUAAGUGGCUUCAGGAGAGACCAACUGCUCAUUGGAGUAGAUCACACUUUAGUACAGUCCCAAAGUGUGAUAUACUUCUAAACAACUUGUGUGAGUGUUUUAAUGCUGCAAUUCUAGAAGCAAGAGAUAAGCCCAUUGUUACUCUUUUGGAGAGAAUUAGAACCUACUUGAUGCUUAGAAUGGCUAGACUUAGAGAGACAGUGUGGCCCCAUGAGGUUGGUCCAAGAAUAUUUGGUAUUGUGGAGAAGAAUUCAAUUGAAAGUGGCCACUGCAUAGCUUCGUAUGCUGGUGGGGGGAAGUAUCAAGUUAAUAGCAUGUUGGGAGCUAUGUUUGUUGUGGAUUUAGAAAGGCAUACAUGUACCUGCAGAAAAUGGGACUUAAGUGGAAUUCCUUGUCCACAUGCCUUGGCUUCAAUAGCAAAGAGUAAGCACAGCCCUCUGGAUUUUGUGCAUGCACUUUACAAAAGACCGGCAUAUGAUAGGGCUUAUGAGGGCUAUAUAUCUCCAAUGCCUAGUCAAGCAUAUUGGAGAAAAACAGGGCAUGUACCUAUCAAGCCACCUGUUUAUCGCAUCCAACCAGGAAGGGGCAACCUAGAGGUAGAGGAAGAUGCUGAACUUGGAUAA